AUGGCCACCGCUCUCGUCCCCGGACCAAUUACCUACCUGGUCGGCAACUUCGUCUGGAUCAACGUCCUCCUCGUCAACGCCGUCGCCGUCCUCUCCGAGGAUCGCUUCCUCGCGCGCAUCGGCCUGUCCCCCGCAUCCCACGACCCUUCCUUCGGCGCGGGCCCGGACACCAGCGUCAAGGGCAAGAUCAUCAACCUGAUAUCGAGCAUCCGGACUAUCAUGAGAAUGCCGUUGAUCUUCGUCAAUUUCGUCCUAAUACUCUACUUGCUGAUCCUGGGUUAA